UAUCACUUGAAGCAAUGAUCUUUGUGUCAUGUGAAAUCAUAUCGCUUGAAGCCAUUAUUUGUGUAUCAUGUGAAAUCAUAUCACUUGAAGCAAUGGUCUAUGUGGCAUGUGAAAUCAUAUCACUUGAAGCAAUGGUCUGUGUGUUUUGUGAAAUCACAUCACUUGAAGCAAUGGUCUAUGUGGCAUGUGAAAUCAUAUCACUUGAAGCAAUGGUCUGUGUGUUUUGUGAAAUCAUAUCGCUUGAAGCAAUGGUCUAUGUGGCAUAUGAAAUCAUAUCACUUGAAGCAAUGGUCUGUGUGGCAUAUGAAAUCAUAUCGCUUGAAGCAAUGGUCUAUGUGGCAUAUGAAAUCACAUCACUUGAAGCAAUGGUCUAUGUGGCAUAUGAAAUCAUAUCACUUGAAGCAAUAAUCUAUGUGUUUUGUGAAAUGAUAUCACUUGAAGCAAUGGUCUAUGUGGCAUGUGAAAUCAUAUCACUUGAAGCAAUGAUAUAUGUGGCAUGUGAAAUCAUAUCACUUGAAGCAAUGGUCUAUGUGGCAUAUGAAAUCAUAUCACUUGACGCAAUAAUCUUGAUGUUAUUUGAAAUCAUAUUACUUGAAGCGAUAAUUUAUGUGUCGUUUGAAAUCAUAUCACUUGAAGCAAUGAUAUAUGUGUCUGUCUUCUAUACACAUAAAUAACGACUGUAAAUGUUAUGCAAGACAGUUUUCUAGCUAUAGUUAAAAUUGUCGUGUGUAAUAAUAAACAUUGUGAAAAUACAUUAAACAUAACCAAACCUUUAUGUUUUGUUUUAUUGAUAUCCUCCUUCACUGGUUGAUUAUUAACGUAUACAUAAAAAUAUUGGGUGAGACUUGAGAUAAUGUAUGCGGCGCCAGUCAAAAUUGAAACUUCUGAUUGGGUUCGAAGCCGAGAUGCCC